AUGAUUUCACUAUCGCAAAUAUUCGACAUUGACUGGGUCGGACUCUCUGUCCCUUUCGCAUAUAUCGUUGUCCUCGCUGGCUCUCUCAUGACCUUCUCCUCCAUAUACAGAAAGCGCAAAGCUGUACAAUCCGCGACGCUCGCACCAUGGUUUCCUUCCCACCUCCAGCGAAAUAUAUAUCUGUCCUUGUUACACAUGGAACCCGAGGACGGUAACGACAAAGCUCCAAAAGUACCGGAGAGCGUACUCCGCGCAGCGCUUUUACGCAGAGCUGUGGAAGACAUCCGUAGGAUUAUCCAAGUGCGGACUGCGAAGCAGGCCUGUAGCACCCUUUUACAACGUGGAAGUGUCGGAGACGACCUGUGGCAGCGCUUCUUGAGGGCUGAGAAGGAGAUGGAGGAUGAGCUUAGAGAUGUGGUUAUGGAGGCAAAUGCGCUCGCGCCAAACUGGGGAUUAACGAUCUUUCAAUCUGCGAACGAAAUUCUGGCGAACACCGUUUUCCGUGAGAAGCUCGACGAUAUACAGGCGCAAACCACGGCCGAGAAGGAGUGGUGGGAGAAGCGACGCGCCUCUAUCGAAGCGGGUUUCAUGAAAGAACUCGAUGCGGCACCUUCUACAGAUCCGAAGACAACCACUUCCGGAAUCAAAACCACCAGCGACGAGGACUCCGUUGUUGUUGAGACAGCAGCGUCAAAGAAGAAGAAGGCCAACAAAUGA